GGAAUCGCAGGCCGCUCAAGCGCUUUUCGAAUAGCCAUGGCGAUGAUGCGGACCAGGACCAAACGCCGAGGUAUGUGCCUCUGCCUUCUCGGGAUUGCAUUGGCGCUGCUCGUGCAGCCGAGCACGGACUUUGCUCGAGGAGGUCCUGGGCUGAAGGACAGCAUGUUGGCAAAACGGCACCCGUUGCAUGCCGGAGUCGCUCGGCGCGCCGGGGCUGCGCAAGAGGACAACAGUGGCGAGGACCGGCGCGAUCUCGAGGAGGCGGCGGACCAGAGAAUGCGGGCCGAGUUCGUGGAAGAGGCCAAAGCAGCCUCAAAGGGCUUGAAAGAGGACCUGCUCCUGGCGCGGCAGCAGCUGAAGCUUGCGCUCGCGCAGCAAGAAGCUGCCCAGGAGCAGGAAGUUAAAGCCGUCGCCAGAUUGGAGAAGGCGGAGGAAUCAGGCACCAAGGAGGAGGUGGAGAAGGCGGAGAGGAAGGUCCAGGAGGCCAAGGAGGAGGUCGAGAAGGCGGAAAGGAAGGUGGAGAGGGCGAAGAAGGAGGUCCAGGAAGCGAAGAAGGAGGUCCAGGAAGCGAAGAAGGAGGUGGAGGAGGCGGAGGUCAAGGAGGCGAAGGCAAGCGGCCGGACGAAGGAGUCCGAGGCGUCCGCCUCGAGUAGCCUCAAGUGGGUCGUGGACGCCAAGGACACGGCAUUUGCCAACGAGCUGCGCAUGGCUCAGCCGCUGACGGCUCUGGACUGCGCUGAUGAGAAUUUCACCGACGUAGAGUCCGCAGAAGAUGCCGGUAUCGAGAUCUUCCCGUUGAACGCCAGCUUGGAUCCGAAAGAAGCCAAGCCAUGGCUCUUCGUUCGAAAGCAGCAACGAGAGGUCUGGCAGGCGGCCUUCAAUGCGUCGCAGGAUGUGGUGGUGACCGGCUCGCCCGGCAUCGGCAAAUCCUUCUCCAUGUCCUUCUUGUUCCGCGACCUCAUGAAAGCAAAGAAGACCUUUGUCUUCGAAGCACGCAGGUGGAACAUGGUGUACUUGUUCAAGCCGCGCACCGACGGCACCUACGAGGUCGGCAGCAUGCAACUGAAAGACUGGGAACCGGCAGCGUGUGACGAGCUGAGAGUCCCUGCGAACUACUAUGUCAUCGACCCCGGCGAGGCUGAAAAGGGAGGCGUCUGCUUCGUAGCGGCCAAGACUGUCAUUUGCCCGUCACCGGAUCCGCAGCACCUUGGAGAGUUCAAGAAGCUCCCCAAAUGCAAACUGUACAUGGCAGCUUGCUCCUUGCAGGAGGCCCAGUGCAUAGUCAAGUACCUCCGCCCCAACUUCGACCAGAACCAGGUGGAAGAGCUCUACAGGCGAUUUGGUGGUAUUCUUCGACACCUGAUUGGCGACCCUAAGGAGGUGGAGAUGGCUCGCAAUGCAACCCUGUCGAACCAGAACUUGGUCAGGCAAGUUUGGACAUCGGGCAUCAUUGAUCAGGGACGUGAGUUGAAGCCUGCGCACUGGCUCUUCCAGAUAGUGCCGGAAAACGGUUGCACCAGCAGCAGGGUUGAGUUUGUUAGCGAAGAGGCACUCGACCUCACCAUUCACGAGUAUGAGGCGGAGCUGGCUGACCUUUUGACAUCGUUUGAUCCGCUUGCAAAGCCCGUCCUCGGAGUUCUCUACGAACGCUUCGCCCACCAAGUGCUCUGCCGGGGGACGUUGCUGCUGACGCGGCUGGCCAACGUCACCGUUCCCAUGUUCGAGAUGCAGCUUCCACCACUCGAUGAAGAGGUGGUGGACGGCAGCAUCGCCGAUCUUUUCACAGCUGCCACCACUGGGCAGCUACGAUACAUGCGGCCCAGAGAUGUGGGCCUGCCGGUCAUUGAUUCAUGCCUGGCUCCUGUUGAGGACCCGAACAGCAUGUGUUCUGUCAAAGUGCCUGCGCUGGUGUGCAGUGCUUGCGUUUUGUGCCCCUGGUUUUUCCCAUACCCCUAAGGACGGCGUGAUGACAUGCUUCCAGAUCACCGUCAGCGCAAAACACUCCCUGGAUCUUGUCGCCUUGGAGAAUGCUGCACGGGGUCUUGACAUCGCCAAGAUUGUUAUUUACUGGGUCGUUCCCAGAGACAGCUUUCGAGAGUUCAACCGCAAGCAGACGUUCGGGCCUCAACUUGUAUUCGAGCAGCGCGUCCUUUCGCUCGCUGCUCCCCGCAAUCCCUUUACCGAGCAGGAGAUGCAAGAACGGUUGCAGAAGGCUGAGCUCUCUAAGCUUACCACAGGAGACGAGCAGCUCCUCAAGCAAGAGAUUGAUGACCUGAAGCUCCGGUACUUGGUUAUGAAAUCUUUCGAAGAACAAGAUGUCAAGGACAUAAUGAAUAAGGUGUUAAAAGAAGGGAAAAGAGCGAAAAACCAGGAUCCCGUGGCUCUGCGCGCAGCACGAGCUUGGGAUAAGAUUGUUGCCUGUAUGGCUUGGACAAAAAAGAGAGGCGAGUGCAAGGGCACAGUUGGCCGGUGGAUUUGCUUUCCACUGCUUUAGAACAGCGCGAAUCAUGAUUUCAUGUCGCAUAUCUUUAUCUUGACAUUCAGCGCACUCAGGCUCUCGACACAUGGAGUUUUUGCAUAGAGUUUGCUGCAAGCUGGACCAUCACACUGACACGACAAUGCAGCACUCAUCGUCAGAAUAUCGCUCUUUCGGUUCAAGUCUGCAGCACACAUCUGCGUGUUGGAGUUCCGGUUCGAGUCGGCGCGCAUCGGUGAAAUUUCGGCUAGUCUUUUGGAAUCUUUCUGGAAUCUUUCGACUCUAUGUGUUGAGUCUUUGUAGAGUAUCUGUGCAAAACGCAGUCUUUUUGAAGUCUUUGUAUUUCUCGAGUCUAGCACUCAUCAUUUGACGGCUGUGGCGCUUUCCGAGUCGAAUCUUAUGAGGACGACCCGCCCAAAGCCGUAGUGGAAGUCUAACCUUCAAAACUCCACCCCGCCAGGCCGCACUAUGGCCCAAAAGAUUUUGCGAGCUUUUUUCGCGCACUUUUGGGCCUUCUAGAAGCCAGCGCUGGGGCUGCAGG